UCUUCCCACCACCCCCUCCCCUUAGCAACAGAGGCAACAUGGCGGCGUCCAGUAACGCGGAGCUCUCUCCUGAGAUAAUGACGCCAUUAAAGAUACCGAAAACCGAGGUGCCAUCUCCCGAGUCCGAGGAUUUGAGUGACAGCAUUCAAUACCACUCCAAUUCCUCCACACCCAACCGAUUCUCGCCUCUGAACGUUGGUUCCGGCGCGGCGAGCCGGACGGCGGCCUCAUCCUCCAACAGCUUCACCGCCUGCCGGGGGAUGUCAUGGACGCCGUCCGAGACGAACGCCCUCAUAGCGGUGUGGGGCAACGAGAGGCUGACGGAGGCCAGGAUGCAGCAGCUGGAGGUGGCCGGCACCGUGUUCUCCGGGAAGCCCCCCGGUCCGGCCAUGUACGAGCGGGUGUCCAGAGCGCUGUCGGACCUGGGCUACGAGAGAACCCCGUCCCAGUGCAGGGAGAGGAUGAAGACGCUGAGGCGCUGCUACAGCCGCGUGAAGGAGCACGGCAUCGGGAAGAGGAAGAGCAGCUACACCUUGGAGCAGCUGGAGAAGGUGUUCGGCCAGGGAGGCUGGGACUCUCAGAGCUGCGCCCCGGUGCUGAUCAACAGCAGCGGCCUGUACCAGGACAUGGAGUCUGAUGGCAGCACGCUGGAGGACUUCUCCCAGGAGGACUGGUGCAACCAGGUGCUGGACUCAGCUUUCCAGGAGGGAGACAUGGACACUGAAGACAUACAGGUGCCUAAAAGCAGAGCUCUACAGAUUCAAGCAGAAUUGUCUGAACUAACCCAAAAGAAGGAGACGAUGCAGACCGUCAUCCGCAUCCUGGAGUCCGUGCAGCUGAACUGGGAGCACUUCCAGACGUGGACGGAGUUCUCACGGCUCCACCUGUCCAACAAGCUGGCCAUCUUCGGCGUGGGCUACAACACGCGCUGGCGCGAGGACGUACGCUACCACUACGCUGAAAUCAGCUCGCAGGUGCCGCUGGGGAAGAGGCUUCGGGAGUACUUCAACCCAGAGAAGCCGGAGGGCCGCGUCGUCAUGACCAAAGUCCAGAAGAUGAACUGGAAGAACGUGUACUACAAGUUCCUGGACAUCACCAUCAGCGAGGCCCGCUGCCUGGAGCUCCACAUGGAGGUGGACUGGAUCCCCGUGUCACAGUCUCAGGUGAUGAGCAGCAGCAAGGUCUCGUCCCACUACCUCCUUCCCGGCUACAUCCCCAAGACACAUGGGCUGUAUGCCGUGGGCUACGAGUGUCCGUUGUCCUGCGACAGCGCCGCUCACACGUCUCCCCAGGCGGAGCGGGAGGACGGCGGCGACGCGCCUCAGGGUGAGGCAGAAAACGGGUCAGAGCGGUGUGAAGCAGGAGCGGGCCAAGGUGUCAGGACUGGGCCAAAUGUCACGUACUGCUACUUGGGCAUAGCAGAGGACAGGACCAUUCAGCAGUGCCUCUUCCAGCACUUUCAGGGACCAGGGAAGCACUGCGCCCACGGGGAGCCUUCCAGCGUGACCCGCUUCCUGCAGCAGAACUGUCGCAGCGCCAGAACGGCUCCGGACGGCCAAUGCAGCGGAGAAUCGGCCCAGCGAUGCGCCGUUUACGUCAAAUUCAUAGAGGUGGAGCUGGACUUCCUGUCGGCGGGCUCCCUGGUGGAGUGCCUGGAGACUGCUGUGGGUUACUCGUUAAAGUUCAACAACAGGGAGACGCUGUAACCACUCAGUGUUUAAGGUUGGCUGUUCACAGAGGAGUCAGCAGCGCUGGUGCUGGCAGGAUCCCGCUCUGGGGAUUUACAUCUGGCUUCAGCCAAGCAGCUUCAAGGGUUUACAGGUUUUGUGUCUUCUGGUUGUCAUGGAAACAAGUGUUGCUAUUUAAUGUUCAUUUGUCGCUGACAGAUUUAUUUCUUUAUCUGUCGACAGUUAAAGCUGCCCGUCAGAACAAGCCCCUGAAGAUGCGCUUAAAGUCAUUCGAAACACUUAAUCUGAUUUCCGGUAUUUAAGCUGACUCGGCUUGAUUUUCAUGCACUAGAAGUGUUGAGCUGCUUGUGACGUUUGUACGUGGCGUGAUCAGGCAGAGCAGGGUUGGAAAGGGGACUACGCUUCAGUAUGCAUCUGUCUACCUCAGUAGGAUGGAGCGAGCCAGGCAGUGAGGGGACCGUGUCAGAGACGGCCUUCACUGGCAGCAUCUCUGGGUGCAGGCAGAUUCAUGCCUUGGUUUUGCACAUGUCCGGGGCCAGCAGCAGGAGAUGCUUCCUCACAACAGCCUGCAGGAUGAAUGAUCACUUCCAGCUUAGUUCAGGAUUUUCAGGGUUAUACAGCUUCUUAUCAUCAGUCUGAUGUAGAAAUCAAAGCUUGAUCCCCAGCAGGGUGGGAUUCCAGAUGAAGGAUCAGAGGUGCAGGUCCACUUCAUGAGCACGCUGUUCCUGAGGGAGAAUUUAAGGACCAGUUUUUACAGCCGUCCAGAAAUGACUUCCUAAAUCUCUGCUGGGUUCAUAUUCUGCCCAGAGUCGGGUUCUUCUAACCUUUUUUGCUUCAGACUCCCUAAAUAGCUGCAGCAGUGGUCAAUUCGCCUCUUCCACUAUUUUAUCGUCCCGUCUGUAGCUUUGAACAGACAAUUUCAUGGCCACGUUGUGCAUCAGAUGAUUUCUCUCUGUACUGACCUGUUACCUUAAUCAUGGAGGUAAAUAUUCCUAAUUUAUAUUCAGCUCGUUUCAUUUAAUGACACAUUCUGUGUUUCGGAAUAAUCCCAAUGAUUGCAGCUCUGAUCUGUUGGUCCUGGUGACUCUUACAGAUUAAGAUCAAUCCAUAAUAACUCUGAGAUCUACUGCUGGCAGAUAUCAUUUAUAGGAGUCAUACAAACACAUCACUUCUGCAGCAGACCACUAGCAGACAAUGGAGAGUUACUUUGGUCAGUUGUUGGACCGAGUUUCCUUACACACAUUUGUGUGUAAGGACAAAUGUCCUUACACACCUGUGGGAGCUUAUCUUACCGUCUGAUCUUCAUAUUCACGGCGAUCAAAGAAAAUAACCGGCCAACCAUACUAUGAUUGUCUGUUUUACAGGCUGGGUGGUUUGACCUCUGUCGCGUCUCCAUAGGCACCUGCAGCACAUGAAUGUAGUGAGAUCGAUAGACUCUGUCAGAUCUGACUCUAAUGAUGGUGAUUUCAUAUAGUCCCGUUUUCUUUUCCUACAUCAUUCUUCACUAAUUGGUCCCAUGACUCCAGCUCCAGCAGGUUCUCUCACCUGCUGAGUUAAGCAUGCUCAUUAUUGUCGAGGGGCUAGUUAAGAUGCCUUGUUGUAAAAGCCUCAGAUCGAGGAAGUUUUAUAAUCCGACACAUGAAAAGAACCCAAUUAGAAACCAAGUGCAGUGUGGCCACCAGGUGGCGGUGUCUGAUCAGAAGCCAGAGCCAUUAAGAAACCCUGAUGGCUUCAGUCCUGUCUCACGCUGGUUUUAUUGCUCUGAUGCACGUGUUUAGUUUACAGCCCUGUCCGUCUCUGUCAGCUGGCUUACCUGUUCUCACUCUAGAACAAACCGGGUUCUCCAUUGGAAACACCUGCCAGUAGUUUGGAGCAUCCCUUGCUGCAGCCUCUGGACGGUCGCUGAUGGAGUGAUGUGUCAUCAGUGAAUCCAGCGCGUAAGAUUUCAAAUGCAGACAACAGGAAAUGUUUAUCGUGUUCAGGAUAUGGGGUUGGCUCCCGGGUCUGAAAGCGACCUGGAAGCAGGUUGUUCAGGUUGUGUGCAAUGUGCCAGGAAAGAACUGUGGUAAAGAACAAAACAUGGUGUGUCCAUAUGGUUCUAUGUAAUGUGAAAUCUACCAUAUAGCUUAUAGAAUAUAUAUUUAAGAACGUUGGUGUUCUUGAGCAUUCCAGGUUUGGUGACAUUUAUUUGGUCAGAAAUCAAAGGUAUCCAGAUAACUGAUAUUUUUACCUCAUUGAUUAAUGCCAUGUACUGUAUGUGCUUGUUUCAAAGUCAUCAUCUUGUCUGUUUACAUGUUUGAUCAACAAUAAAUGGAGAACUCUGUGGAAUCACA